CUCCUGUCCUCAUAACCAGAGGGCUUACAGGCUUUCCUCGCCGCAAUGAAAGUUAUCAAUCCUGGCAAAGGCGUUCUCGAGGGCGUCACACUAUUAGACUCUGUGACGCAGAAGCCAAAAUGCCAUCGUUUCUCGCGUGUGCCGUAUGCUACCCCACCUGUCGGCCACUAUCGUUGGCGAAAACCACAACCUCUUCCUGAAUCGUUUUCGUACGGAUCAGAUGCAGCUCCAGGGCAAUACAGGAAGCCGAGCUCUGUCUGCCCUCAGCCUCGAGUCUUUGGACGUCAAUCCCCGAGGCAUGAUGAAGACUGUUUACAGUCAAACAUUUGGGUUCCUCUCGGGAAACCCCCCAAGGAUGGAUGGCCCGUACUCUUUUACAUUCAUGGCGGUUUCCUUCAAUUCGGCUCCAACAACUAUGAUGACCCCUCGGCUCUCAUUGCUGAAACGGACGUCAAAUGCAUCAUCGUCUCGCCCGGGUAUCGACUUGGGCUGUUCGGAUUCCUGGCAUCCAGAGAACUAUGGGAAGACGGCUCACCAGCUGCAAAUUUCGGAUUCUGGGAUCAACGUCUGGCUCUGGAAUGGACUUACGAGAACAUCAGAUAUUUCGGUGGUAAUCCGGAGAACAUCACAGUGGGUGGUCUCUCUGCAGGGUCAUAUGCUACAUUUCACCAACUUGCUUAUGACAUUGGGCCGAAUGCUAGAGAGCAAAUAAUUCGACGUGUGUUUCAAUUAUCGAAUGGAUGCGGCGUACAGCCCAAGGUUUUGUCUGAAGUGCAGCAGCAAUUCGACGAUCUGCUAUAUGUUUUGGGGGUCUCUUCAAGCGACAGUCCUGCCGAGAAGGUGAAGAAGCUGAGGAGCUUGCCAGCAGAUCUGCUUGUCACUGCCGUUGAUUCUAUGAAGCAAAAGUUCUUCCGUCCCAUCCUUGACGGCGAUUUCAUGUCGGAGGAUCUCUUCCCAAGCAUAUUUUCGGGACGUUUCGGGGAACGCCUCAAUCAGCUCGGAAUUCAGACAGUCAUUGGAGAUCUGACGCAAGAGUUCCAUGGGUACAAGAACGUGUACCCGCCAACAUCUUACCACAGCUUGAUUGAUCGACUUAGUUGGGACUACCCUCGACACGUUGCAGAAGCAGUCUCUACUCCUUACAAGUCUUCGGUUGUGUCGCUUUCGAAAGAGUAUUGGAAAGACAUCUUUGGGAGACUCUAUGCCGAUAUGCAAAUUCAUUCCACUAUGCGAGGAUACGUUAACUCGAUCUCGAUGUCACUGCCAAUUUCUACCAUCCACCGAUACAGAAUCGACUGGCGGACUAAGAGUGUUGACAAGAAAUUUCCAAGGGAAUUUGGCGCCACCCAUACUACGGACAUGUCAAUUUGGUUCUUUGGAAAUGGGGACACUCUCGAAGAUUCGGAGAAAGUCUUCAUUCGAGAAUGGCUAAAGCCGAUAGCUGCCUUCAUCGAUGGUAGAAAGGUGGCAUGGGGCACAAAAUCAGUAGAUCAAGUAAGGUACAUUACCGCAGAUGGAAAGAUCGAAGUCCUGGAAGAUGAGGUCUGGAAAGCCAAGUUGCCGAUAUGGGAGGUGACGAGGGAGGUGACAAAGGCAACUCCGUUAUCGAAACCAAGACUUUAAGAAUUUGUCGUCCAGUUUGGUAGCUCCUGAGACAAAUAGUCUCAAGACGAGAUUACGAUUAUUUGAGAGAUUUUGAACCUUGUCUUCUUAGGCAGCCUUUCCUGAAUCAGACUUAAAUACGGAAAUUUGAUUUUACAGGAGGUCAGCUCUCAGAGAGCAA